AUUCACAGUUGACAAAUGUUGUUUGGCCUACAAGGAAGCGUCAUGGCGUCGACAUUUGCCAGUCUCUUAACGUUCCUUGUGACGUUUGUGUUCCUGUGCUCUGCCCAGUCGGUCUGUAGACCACCGUCAGACGAGAAAUGUGUGUGUAGUCCGGUGGUUAAUUUGAAUCCAGUGGUAAAUUGUGGGAACGAGAACGCACUUAAGGCAGAGUUGGAGCAGAUGAAAAUCGCCAUGGACCAACUCUCACAGAAGAUAGCCGAUUGGCCCAAAGGUAACGCUAACGACACAGAAGCUGACAAGCCUCAGGACUGUCAGGAUAUACUUGACAACGACGAGACCACGCCCAGCGGCGUGUACAUGGUUUAUCCACGGGACAACCUGGGCGGCUUUCUGGUCUUCUGUGAUAUGGACACGGACGGAGGCGGCUGGACAUUGUUCCAGAAACGCCAAGACGGAACCGUGGACUUCUACCGGGGCUGGAGGGACUACAAGAUCGGCUUCCCUUCCAACCUGAACGGCGAGUUCUGGCUGGGGAAUGACAACUUGUACCGCCUGGCUGUGCAGAAAGUCUACCAGCUCAGGGUGGAUAUGGAGGAUGUGGAGGGGAACACGGCGUUCGCCGCUUACGACUCGUUUGCCAUCUCACCCGAAUCACAGAACUACAAGCUCCACAUCGGGGUUUAUACUGGUACUGCAGGAGAAUCAGACAGCCUGGCGCAUCACGAUGGGCGCCCGUUCAGUACCAAGGACAGAGACAACGAUGACAACCCAGGCAGCUGUGCGCAGACUUACGUAUACAAUGGUGCGUGGUGGUACGGUAGUUGCCACGACUCCAACCUGAACGGCCUGUACCGCCUGGGUCCCUAUGAGAACGGAUACAAUUACAACGGCGUCGUCUGGGCGCACUGGAAGGGUAACAACUAUUCUCUGAAGCGCACGGAGAUGAAAAUCCGACCUGCUCCAUAACUUUAACAUUUAAAU